AUGACGGAGGAAGAGCAAAGGAAAAAGAUCCCGUUGGUUCCAGAAAAUCUCCUGAAAAAGAGGAAGACUUAUCAGGCCCUUAAAGCCACUCAAGCAAAGCAGGCACUUUUGGACAAGAAGGAGCAGAAGAAAGGAAAACAGCUCAAGUUUAAGCGACUGGAAUGGUUCUUACAUGAUUCCUGGAGGCAGCAACGUGACAGGGUGCGCCUCAGACGACUAGAAGUGAAACCUCGUGGCCUGGAAGUGCCAGAUAAACAUUCCUUGGGUUUUGUUGUACGCAUCCAAAGGAUUAAUGGGGUGAGUUCACUGGUGCAGAGGACCAUUGCAAGGCUUCGCCUGAAGAAGAUUUUCAGUGUUGUCUUUUUCAGAGUAACCCCCCAGACCGUAAAAACGCUGCGUGUAGUGGAACCUUAUGUGGCCUGGGGGUUUCCAAAUCUGAAGUCUGUCCGGGAACUCAUCUUGAAACAUGGACAAGCCAAGGUCAAGAAUAAAACCAUCCCUUUGACAGAUAAUACAGUGAUUGAGGAGCACCUGGGGAAGUAUGGUGUUAUUUGCCUGGAAGACCUCAUUCAUGAAAUUGCCUUUCCAGGGAAGAAUUUCCAGGAGAUCUCUGCAUUUUUACGUCCUUUCCAUCUCUCGGUGGCCCGUCACACUACCAAGAAUAGAGUGGGCUUCCUGAAGGAGGUGGGCUUACCUGGCUAUCGAGGUGAAUGCAUCAAUCAGCUCAUUUGACAGUUGAAUUAAACCCAGCAUAUCUGAAAACACAGCACAUCAGUGGCACGUGUUUUGUCUCUUAGAAUUGUUACCAGUAUCUUCGAAGAAGACUAUUUUCUGUUAUAUCUUGAGAAACUAGAGGAAGGGUCAGGGAAAAAAUGAUGAUGAUCUGGCAGGCAUUUGUCAUCACAGCCCAGUUCCAAGGGAAAGUUCCAAUGUGUU